AUGAGUACUGUUGUCCAAGCACCAGAUUCAUCUCCAGAAGUAGCCGAAGAUUGGGAUAACGAUGAUAAAGCCACAGAAGAGGCCAGAACGAAGCAAUUAGAAGAUCGUUUGCGACAGGUUCAAAUUCAACAGAAGGAAAAAGAAGAGAAGGAAGCGCGAGAACGUCUCAGAGCGGCAGAAGCUAAAAACGUCGUCAAUGCUCAAAACUUGAACUCAAAUGUUGGCCCUCUUAAAAUGCAAAUUUUACGUCGACCCAAAAGUGGGGAUCAGUUGAAAGAUGAGGAAGGAAAGCUUCAACAAGAAGAAGAAGCUCGUUCUCGUGUUAGGAAACAGACACUUGAGCAACGCCAAGCAGCUUAUGAUGAAGCGAGAAACAGAAUUUUGGGUUCAGAUUACAAACCCGAAACUAAUGUUCCCGCUCCUACUGUUCCUACGGUGAGCAGAAAUAAGUCACCUGAACAAAUUCGAGUCCCCAGACAACCAGAAGCCGUGCCGCUGUUUGUUCCAAAUAUGAUGAAUCCUGAUGAUCCAUCGAGACAUCAGCAAAUGGGUUUUGUCCAAUUUAAUGGACCUCCUCCUCCUCCUAUGCAAGGGAACCAGCAAUACGUUCCGUUUUUUGAUACCUCUCGUCCACCUCCAAUGAUGAAUAUGAAUUACCAACACGUACCAAUAGCUCAGUACGGUCCAACAGGGCAGUAUUAUGCCCCGAUGCCUACAGCGAUUCCCCAGCCCCAAGCGAUGCAACUGCCUUACGGACGUCCUCCUAUAGCUAUAUAUCCUCCUGGUUCAUUAGGUGCUUCGAUGCAAUUUAACAUCGACUCCGGUCAGUCGCAAGCUCAACGGAAGAAUCGAAAAGGCAAAAAAGGCAAACCUAAUCAAGUGAAUAGCGAGACUUCGUCUUAG